AAAGAGGGCGGCUGCAGUUCAAGAUGUCGGAGCGGGCGGGAAGCGGUGCUGCCGCUGCAGCUGCCAUCGCCGCUAAGGAGAAGCGCAAACUGCAGCUGAAACGCUGGCGGGGUUCUUGCACCGAUUUAGAACCGGGCGAGCCGCGGUGGCUGGCGGGUGCCGGGGCAGUCAGUGGUUCGAGCCCAAGGCGGGUGAGGUUCGAAGCGGCUGCGGAGUUCCUAGCGGCCUGCGCCAGCGGGGACGCGAAAGACGCCGAGGAAAUGCUGAGGGGUGGCGCCGACGUGAACUGCGCCAACACGGACGGAAUCAGCGCCCUGCACCAGGCAUGUAUAGAUGAAAAUUUGGAAAUGGUGGAGUUUUUGCUGGCACAUAAUGCCAAUGUUGACCAGCCGGAUAAUGAGGGAUGGACACCACUGCAUGUGGCGGCGUCAUGUGGUUAUUCUGAAAUUGUCGAGUGUUUAAUCAACCAUGAUGCCAAUAUUGCUGCUGUGAAUAGUGAUGGACAGUUGCCAGUUGACCUCGCAGAGGAGGACUACAUGGAGACCCUACUGCAAGAUCACAUUAACAAGCAGGGGAUUGAUGUGGAAUCUGCAAGACGCGAGGAGGAGGAGUUGAUGCUGCAGCAUGCCAGACAAUGGUUAAACAGUGGGAAGAUUGAAGAGGUAUCCCACCCAAAAUCUGGUGCCAAUGCUCUCCACGUCGCUGCUGCCAAAGGCUACAUCGAAGUGAUGAGGCUGCUCCUUCAGGCAGGGUUCAGUGUCCAUGCACAAGACAAAGAUGGCUGGACACCAUUGCAUGCUGCUGCACACUGGGGAAUGGAAGAAUCCUGUAGGCUUCUUGUGGAACAUUUCUGUGACAUGGAAGCAUUAAAUAAUUCAGGCCAGACGCCGUUUGAUGUUGCAGAUGAGGACAUUUUAGGAUUGCUUGAGGACCUGCAGAAGAAACAAGAUGAUCUGAGGACCGAAAAAGAAGAGAAGAUGAAAAGAGCCAUUAUUGAAACCUCUAUACAGCAACAACAGCCGCCGCCGGCUAAACCCAGGAAGAGCUCUGUGUGCAGGAUGAGCAGCAAAGAGAAGAUUUCAGUGCAAGAUCUAUCAAAGGAGCGUAAGACCUUGGAAACCUUGCCUUUGGAUGAAAGCAAGAAAGAGGAAUCCAGCAGUUCAAGUUCAGAAACUGAGGAGGCAUCCGAAUCUGAUUCAGAGUGUGAAACUGAAAGGAACAAGAAACCAGUCCUCAGUAACAAUACCAAUAGCUUGAAUGGUACUGGAGCAAUCCCUCUAGCACCUCCUGUAACCCUUGCACCAUCAAAUCUGAAGGGCCCAAGUGUUUGGCAUGGUGUGCUAGAUUUGGCAAUUGCUAAACCAUUUGUACCCCGUUUAAAGGAGAGCUACCUGGGAUUGAACAGGGUGGAAGAAAGUAACGAUUUUACGGGAGAGACAUGGAUGCCUAAAGCCCAGACAAGGGAUGAUGUUAAAGCUGCAAAGGUCAGGGACACAGACUUGUCUACAAAGCCAAGUGUCAAGCAAGAAGCCCCUCCUGCAGCUUGGCGUACUGGACUUUGGAAAACUGGCAGCUAUGUUACAUUACCUGAUGCACAACACUCUCCUGAGAAGAUCCCAUUGGGCGGUAUCAAGCGCUCUGCUUCUUCCCCGCGAUUAGGUUCGGAUGGAAAGGACAAAGGAAAACACGAGACCCGGCUGGCCAGGGUGCCACCCACUCCAAUUGGAAGGAUGCUCAGUGUGCCUGAGACUCCGGCUGAGCAUGCAGUAAGCUCGACCUACCAGCAGGGUAGAGAUCCCAGCUCCCAGGUGCCAAAAGAUAUUCCAGGCAUGUUGACAAGCGCCACUGAUUUUAAAGAGAGGCGUCGAUUAUAUCUUACCCCAGUGCGUGAUGAGGAAUCAGAAUCCCAAAGAAAGGCACGGUCACGGCAUGCACGACAAUCCAGACGAUCGACACAGGGUGUAACACUCACGGACCUAAAAGAGGCAGAAAAGACCUUGGGGGGUGCCACUGAGAAAAAAAACCAGGAUCAGCUGGAGAAGAGAGAGGAGGAAGAGAGUGAUAGAAAAGGAAGAAGUUUAGUUGCUGAGGACAAGGAAGUGGGUAGUCGACUGAGACCCUCCACCACAGAAGGAGUGUCGCUUACUUCCACAUUUUCCAGAUGUUCUGUUGCUUCAGCGUCGAUUAUAGAUAUAAACAAAGAUUCGGAAGAUUGCAAAAGGGAGGAAGGAGAUUCGGAUUAUAGCAAUCAGAAUCGAUUAUCUGUACGAGAUCGGCGGAAAGCUAGAAAAGAACGUAGGUUUACUGGCAAACCAGAAUUCUCAGAAGAGGGAGACAGCACAGAACAGAUGAACAGCGUGGACACAUUAACGCACAGGUAUGGCCCAAGUCUGAGUGAUCGGAUUCCAGGCAGAAUUGGGACACCCUCCCACUCCAGUGCGAGGGUAAUGGAGGAUGGAAAUAAUGACUUCAGGAAGAUGUAUGAGGUGGUUUUGUCAGAGAAUGUGAGACUGAAGACCGAGUUACGAGAAGCACAAUCUUACCUCACACAAGCCAAUCAGGAAUUGGAGAGGGUGUUGCAGAGACAAGGAGUGCAUGAGAAUAGACCGGCACAAUUGGAGUUGGAAAGAUUUGAACGAAGGGCAUUUGAAAGAAGGACAGCUGAACUGGAGGAGCAGCUAAAGGUUUUAACGGACUUAAAAACAAACAAUCAGAGGCUAAAGGAUGAGAAUGCAGCCUUGAUCCGUGUCAUCAGCAAGCUCUCAAAAUAGUUUGAGGUGCCAUCAUCCAGCUGCACCACUCUGAAACAUGGGAAAACAGUUGCCAACGCUGAUACUGUAGAACUGACUUUGGGUUUGGAUCAAAGGAGAAUCUCUUCAAAGCCAAGUAUUUUCUUUCAACCGCCAAUAUGGUUAACUGUUGAGGGGUGGGGCAAGUAAAAGACAGGCGAGAAGAACUUAAAAGUAGUCUAGGCAACCAGCCACCGGCCUAAACUCCAACGACCAAAACUGAUGCAAGUUGUCAGAUGUCUGGUCGUGUAAAAUUGCCAACGAUGACUCUGCUGUCCUGAGUUUAUUUUGUUUGAUUUUUUUUGUGCCUAACCAAUUGUGAAGGUUACCUUUUGUGACCUCUGGGUUUGUGUAUGUGUGUAUUUGUAUAAAAUAUAUAUUUAUGUUCUGGUAAAUGGAUAGCUUAGUUUGUUAAUUCACAUUCCUCUCUGGUGUGUCCUGGUCAGUUGGAUAAACACGUUUUACUUUCACAAUUCGUAGUACUACUGGUCAACUAGCAUUGCCCCUUUCUACCAUCCUCUGCCCUGACAUCAAACAUUUCUUACAGCGAUUGAAUGUAUUUCAAUCUUGCACCUUCCUUUCUAUUCUUCAAACAUGUCUAAGUAGCACUUCUCAUGACGAUCAGUUUGUGAAGAGCAAAAGAUUUUGAAUGUUAAUGUGCAGUAUUUUUUAAAAUAUUGUCAAGUAUUAAACUGAGAAGUUAAUGUGAAUUGAUUUCUAUUUGAGCUAGGGGUGUGCUUCCAGUGUAAGCAUUAAAAUGUUUGUUAGGGCUUGAAAUUUAAUAUGACUGGUUAAAAUUCCCUGGCCCAUUUGGGGUUUAAAUCCUUGCUGAGGGCCAGUGUUUUAACACACUGUCCUCAUAACAAAUGGAGGAAAUGUGUUGUUCAAAUUCUGCUGACCUUUUGGGAUGCUGGAGAAGGUAUUUGGUAUUCAGUCAUUUCAUUGUGUGCCUUUUUUGUAUCACUUUGAGCAGUGAACGCCAUUGAUUUAGGUGAAAUAAUGAGCAUCAUGUUGCUGUACUGCUUGAAGGCCUGCGUGCCAGCGGCAUCUGGUGGCAGAAGAAAGUAGUACAAUGUUCAGUAGAACAUAAGAUCCUGUCAGUAAGAUAACAAGAUGUAGAGCCGGAUGAGCACAGCAGGCCAAGCUGCGUCAGAGGAGCAGGAAAGCUGACAUUUCAGGCCUAGACUCUUCUUCAUUGCAAACCAUUUGAAUGCAAAUGGUUCUGGAGCCAAUGUGUCCUAAAAUAGAAGCCAGUUUCAGUGUUUAAAAGUAGUAGCUCAGGGUGACUUUUUUUAUUCUGCCCAAAGCACCAAAUUAGGGUGGCUGCGUGCACUACAUCUCAAAUUUCAACAGGCAGCUUAGCUUCAGGUGCAAGGAUCAAGAGGAUGCUGAGUGCUUUUUUUUUUGUGGUAACAUUACUGUUUUCCUUUUUUACUGAAAGUCCGUAUUCUGAGUUCAGUAAUUCCAAAUGCUUAACUUGAAGGCUUGAGCACAGAGCAGUACAUUGUAGAUUUGCAACUGCCUCUGAAGGUUGAAAUGAAAGUUUUGGGAGUCAACUAUUGUGUCCGACUGGUGGUUGCUUACUAAGUAGCAUGCAAAAGACAUGGAACCAAACUGCUACCCAGCGUGUGUGAUACAAGGGUAAAGAAGCAGGAGUUUGGAAACUAAAUACUAUGUUGGAGCAUUAUGCAGGGGAAAGAAGAGGUGAAAGGCAAGUGCUUCCUAAUUAUGUGACAAGGAUUGUGCUACAGAGCUAAGGAGUUCAGAGAAAUCCUAGAUCUAAUCCCGACGAACGUUAACAUAAUACAAAAGCAACAGACAACUCCCUUCUUAGUGAAGAUUGUCAUACUGGAGGAACAUUCAAAAUUAGCCAAGGCUCCUGCUCAAGUUUUGGGUACAUCACACUUGUGUACAACUCCCAUUCAAGAUUUAGACUGUGAACAUUCACUGCCUGUACAUACAUGUAAAUACCUUUUGAUUUAGCUUCUUUAAUUCGGGGGGGGAAAAAUCAAAAGUGGCAUUAUCCUCCAGCAAGUCUGUGCUUUCAUGGGAUAUAAUGAACCCAAAAAUGUUUUUGGCGGAAGUCCUUGUUUUAGUAUGCCCUUGAAUACCUGUUUUGAUCAUGAUUAUUCAGUGGUCAACAUAUUGAAACUGAUCUGAAGUUUGAAUUAAUUAGUACAUUUAAAUGUCUUUUUUUAUUUUCCCCCAUUGCUUCGUUUCCUUUAAGCAGACUGAUUUUGAUUUUGUUCUCCGGUAUUUGCUGAGAAAAGGUGUAUGAUAGUGCAGUUUAUUUUUUUGGCUUUGCUGUGUUUUAUCUUUUGCUGUCUCAUGGGGCACGCUGCUUGAGCAAGCCUGUUUAAAUACUUACCCAAGUAAACCUGUGUUUAGUGAUUUUGAGUAAAAGAUUUCCAUAAAUCUAGGUUUUAUAAAAGGGCGCAACCUAUUGAUUUUCACACUUUUUAACGCUUAUUGACAGCAGCCAGGAUCAAAUACCCUACCUUGAUGAUAUUUCCAUUGUAUUCCCAAUUGAUACUGUCCAUUUUAUAAUCGACUAGCCCAGUUUAAACCAGGCAGAAGGACACACCAUUUGAUGUGCCUUAAUAUCUAAUCAGACAUGUUCUUACCCAUUUUGCCAUCCAGGAAUGUUAUUGCUCAGGCGGAUCACUAUAUUUAGAGUUUAUAAUGAAUAUUCAAUGACCUUUUAUCAUAAUUAUAGUUUAUUAACUUCAACACAAACAGUUCCUGAUGCACUUAAUGGUCAUUGAAACAAUUGCACAUGAAAUGUGUAUUUCCAAGGUCAUCUGUAUGCAGGUUGUCAUAUUUUCUGAUUUGUGUUACUGCUGGUGAUUUGGCUACAGCGUAAAUGUCUUACUCUUCCCCUUAUUUCAAGCACCUUCCAGAAUCUCCUUUUUAGGAAUUGAUUUUCAUUGAUCAGUGCAGUGACGGAUAUUAUUGCUGAAAAAUGAAGACAUUUAUAGGCACCCCACAAAAGCCUUGCAACUUCAGAACAGCGCAGUGCAAAACCCUCUCUCUAGUCUGUCCUGUUCCAGUCAUUCUCAAUCAUAAUAGUACAGCAUUUCUUUAUUCAUUUCACAUGCUAACUGGGAGUGUGCUGCAGGUCCAUGCCUAUUUUAAAAACUAUAUUGAAGUUUAAAGUUUUUGUUUUUUUGAGAAGAUUUGUAGCUUGGGUUGCGGAUGAUGUUGUAGACUUACUCGCCGAGCCGGUGUGUUUGGUUGCAGACAUUUCAUCACCCUGCUCGGUAACAUCAUCAGGACGCCUCCGGUGAAGCAUUGGUGUUCUGUCCCAGUUGUUAUUUAUAUGCCCCGGUUUGCUGAGGUGGUUGGUAUCAUUUCCGGUUCUGUUUUUCAGUGGUUUGUAUGUCAAGUCUGAUUCAAUGCAUUUGGCAUUCCGGCUGGAAUGCCAGGCCUCCAGGAAUUCCCUGGCACGUCUCCGUUUGGCUCUGUUUGUUUGAAACAGACUGUUACCUAGCAGGGUGAUGAAAUGUCUGCAGCCAACCACACCGGCUCAUUGAGCAAGUCUACAACCUAUAUUGAAGUUGGCAAAUUACUUUAUUCAGCACAUGGCCUUGCAUUCAACAGACAGAAUACUUUCAUCCUAGAUCUGUUAGUGAAAAGCUGGUGCCACCUAGUGAGGAAAUUGUCUAUAAAAAUUAACCUGUAGUGUUCAUGUUUACAAAACUGCUUUUAUCUGUUUGUCUCUUCUAGUAAACCCAUUACCAGUCAAUGCUUCAUUUGAAAGGGGGUGCUAGCAGAUUGAUUUAUGCUCAUUUGCCUGUUCCUACAAAUGGCUUUCAAUACGAACCCUGACAGCUCCAUCAAAUCGCCUCUUUCAGUUUUUCUUGCCACUGCUCUGGUGCUUGCUUCUACAAUUGCAAGAGUUCAUUGUUACUUUCUAUCUGACUGCUAUUUAUGCAUGAAACGUGGCAACCAAGCAGCCACAGCUAUUUGUGUUGCCCACACUGGAUUGAGGUUUUCUGUCAGGGUCACCUUCAUUCCCCUGUGCCCCCACACAAACAAAUUCUGCGCACAUCAUCUCAAGCUUUUUCUGCAGCCUCUGCGCCUAUUUCUUUCACUGUGAAUCCAAUCUACUCUUCAAUGCCCCCUUCUCCCACCUCCAGCAAACUCCGUCCGCCUGGACACCCCUCCUGACCUCCCCUGCCUCAAUUCCUUCAUCUCAAACUGCCGCUGCACCAUCAGUUGCUGGGAUCUUUACUCCAACCUCUCCCCAUUGGACUGCACAGCCUUCCGCUCACUUUGCUCCAACCCUAACCUCACUAUAAACCUGCCAAUAAGAGGGGUGGGGGCACAGUGGUAAUAAGGCGAACUGACCUUUAUGUUGCUGAGGUCUGACACCACCUCCUACCGUCCACUCUAUCAUGAUCUCACCACUGAUCACCGAGCCACUAUCUGUCACACUAUCAACAACCUUAUCACUCUGGGAGAUCUCCUAUCCACAGCCUCCAGCCUGAGUUCCCCAACCCUGCACCACCUGUUUCCAUCUCUUACCCAAAAUCCAUAAAUCCGACUGCCCCAAUCAUGUCUCUGUCUCUGUCUGUGUCUCUCCAAACUCAUUCCCUCCGACCUCAAUUCCAUUCUUUCCCCUUUUGGUCCAGGAACUCCACUUUUAUAUUUCUGACACAACCCAUGCUCUUCACCUUUUCCAAAACUUUCAAUUCCCCAGUCCCCAACACCUCAUCUUCACCAUGGACAGACAGCUUAUUUUACACCAGUAUUCCCCACACAGAGGGCCUGCAAGCCCUCCACUUCCUCUCCUAUAUGCCCAACCGGUCCCCUUCCACUGACACACUCAUCUGUUUGGUGGAACUGGUCCUCACCCUCAAAUUUUCCUUUGAUUCAUCCCACUUUCUACAAACCUAAGGGGUGGCCAUGGACACCCAUAUGUGCUUGAACUAUGCCUGCUUCUUUGUAGGAUUCAUGGAACAGUCCCUCUUCCACAACUACACCGCACUGGCAUCACUCCUCAUCUCUUUCUCCAUUUAAUUGGUGCUGCAUUGUGCUCCUGUGGGGAGCUCGAGCAGUUCCUCAACUUUUCCAAUACGUUACAACCUGCCCUCAAAUACACCUGAACCAUUUCUGACAGCUCCCUCCCCUUCUUCCUGGACUUCUCCAUCUCCAGAAACCAACUCACCACUGACAUCCAUUUCAAACCCACUGAUUUCCACAACUCCCUUGAUUACAUCUUUUGUGCCUCUCCCCUCUUCCACUUCAGUAUAUCCCACUUAUCCUCCUACUUCAGGGAUCGUAGUUUCCCCUUCUCUAAUUCAUGGAUGGCUUCAACAGGAUUCUCUCCUUUUUCCCCACACUUUUUCCCUCAAACCCCCUUCGCUUUCUCUCUUCCUUCACCCCCCACCCCCCCCCCCCCCCGAACAAUAAUAAGGAUAGGGUCCCCUUAGUCCUCAUGUACCACCCCACCAACCUUAAAAACCAAAGCAUCAUCCUCCAACAUUUCUGCCACCUACAAUCAGACCCCAUGACCAAAAAAGUUUCUUCCCCACCUAAAUCGACUUUCCGCAGGGACCGUUCAAUUCAAAUUCCCUCAUCAGCUCUACACUUUUCCCCACCAACUUUUCCACCACACCCAGUACCUUGCCCUGCAAACGCACGAGGUUCAAAGCUUGCCCUUGCACCUCCCCUCUCUCCUCCAUCCAAGGUCCCAAACUAUCCUUCCAGAUCUGGCAGAGAUUCAGUUAUACUUCUUCCAACCUGAUCUAUUGUAUCCGUUGCUCCUGAUGUGGUCUCUUCUAUAUCAGGGAGUUUAAACACAGGCUUGGGGACCAAUUCGUAGGGCAUCUGCACUUUGCACGUGUCAACUGACCUGACCUUACAGUUACCAUUCACUUCACUUUAAUUCCCCCUUCCACUCCCUGGUGACAUGACCAUCUUUGCCCCCUCCACUGUGAGAAUGAGGCCAGAGGAACAAAACCUGAUAUUUCACCUUGGGAGCUCAUAGCCCAGUUGCCUCAAUAUUGACUUCACCAGCUUCCAAAUCCCUCCACCACCAGCCGUAAUCCCAUGUAAAGCCCUCCUCCUACCUCCCUAACCUGUCCAUCUUCCUACUCUCCUAUCCUCUUCACACUUCCUAAUGAUUAAUCACAAUAACAGCCCACCUGCUCCCACCUACCCUUUCCCCCGCCCCGCCCCAUCCCUCUAUUUACUUCUGGGCUCCCCUCCCCUUCUCCAGCCCUGACAAAGGGUUUCGGCCUGAAGUGUUGAGUCUCCUGCUCCUUGAAUGCUGUCUGACCUGUGCUUUUCUCGUUUCACAUCUAUUGACACUAGGGUGUGGAAGUUAAAUGUUUGCUGCUAGACAACCCUCUGUUUUUCUCUCCUAUGCUUCACCACCACCAACCACACUCUUUUAUUUCCACUCCCCCACCCCUCCCAAAAAAAAACAUACUGUUCAAGACUUGCUUUUAUUUUUCCUCUGGGUACUGUCAAGUUGUAUUUCUAGAAUUUUUUUGUUUUUUAGUUUCUGGUGCAUAUAAAUCUUAUUAAAUAUUCAUGAACCAUAAGACAUAGGAGUGGAAGUAAGGCCGUUCGGCCCAUCAAGUCCACUCCGCCAUUUAAAUCAUGGCUGGGCAUUUCAACACCACUUCCCUGCACUCUCCCCGUAGCCCUUGAUUCCUUUUGAGAUCAAGAAUUUGUCGAUCUCUGCCUUGAAGGCUUCCAACGUCCCGGCCUCCACUGCACUCUGCGGCAAUGAAUUCCACAAGCCCACCACACUCUGGCUGAAGAAAUGUCGUCUCAUUUCAGUUUUAAAUUUACCCCCUCUAAUUUUAAGGCUGUGCCCACGGGUCCUAGUCUCCCCACCUAACGGAAACAACUUCCUGGCGUCCACCCUUUCUAAACCAUACGUUAUCUUGUGAGAUUCUAUUAGAUCUCCCUUCUAAACUCUGAGUACAAUCCCAGGAUCCUUAGCCGUUCAUCAUAUGUUAAACCUACCAUUCCAGGGAUCAUCCGUGUGAAUCUCCGCUGGACACGCUCCAGGGCUAGUAUGUCCUUCCUGAGGUGUUGGGCCCAAAAUUGGACACAGUAUUCCAAAUGGGGCCUAACGAGAGCUUUAUAAAGCCUCAAAUCACUGGAACAGCUUUUUUAAUGAUUUAAUUAAAUUCUUCCCCUUGCAUUGUUUGACCAGUUUCAUUUGGCAUCUGUUUCCUUACUUUGUCUGAGGAAUGCUGUUUUGUUGAAGCUUCUGUCAUCAGGUGUUAGCAUGACUCAGUUGGUGAUUAUAAACAUGCCAUCCUUGAUCCCAAGUGUUCCCAGGCACAAACCAGGAGUCUCCACUGCCCACUAUCCCUCUGGGACAGCGGAGUGGUAAUCAUUCACAGUGACACUGAGUCACCAACACGUUGGUUUGAGUCAAAUCCAACAACUUGAAACAAAUAUAUAUAAUUUGACAUUUCAGUGCAGUAUUGAGGGAGUGCUGCACUGUUUGAGGUGAGAUCCUGUCUGGUCUCCAGUGGACACAGAAGAUCCUAUGUCACUGGAAGAAAUGGGUAGUGCUUCCUGAUGUUCUGUCCAAUACUUAUCCUUCAACCACAAAAGAAAACUGGUCAGUAUCUCUUUGCAAUAUUUUUGGGUGCAAAUUGUUGCUGUCACUCCUACGAUUCAACAGAAGCUGCAUUUUGAAGAACAGGUCAUGAGUUGUGAAGUAUUUGGGGUCAUGCUGAAGUUGGAAGGCAAUAUGUAAAUAUAAUUGUUUAAACAUUUCCAUGAGAACUAACAUGCCUGGGCACUUUUGAAAAACCUUUUGAGUUAUGUGAACUUAAUGCAUUCAGGCCUUUUUUAAUGUCUUGGAAUAAAUGUAAACGUUCCCAUCGGCAAUCAGAACAUAUUUAAUUAUGAUUAAGGAGGCCAGGAACAGUGCUUUGGAUAUUUAUGCGCAAUACUCCCUUCUAAUGAGUGGUGUGCAGCCAAGAAUUGGAACCUGUUCUGCUGAUUCUCAUCUUUAAACUUGAACACUUCAAUUGUUGUGAUCACACCAUCAUAAAUGUAUUGUAAAACAUAACUGUUCAUUUCGAGCAGCUUUUUCCAACUGACCAGCCACAAUGGUUUCAGACUACUGUAUUUCUAAUUACACGCUGUAUCAAAGGGUUGAACAUAUCAUAGAGGUUUGCGUCCUCUGCCUACAGACUAAAUUGAUACCCACACAUUAAGUAGCCUGUUAGAGUUAAGUAAGAUUCUUUGAUCUGCUUGUUGGCAGCUUUUUCUCCCUCUACUUGGAAUACCACAAAACGCAGCUACUAAUCUUUGCAUAGCGAGGACAAAAUCUGUUCAAUGAUUUAUUGAUUUUUUGUUUUGGGCAACCGGGGUUUUGCCUGAAACUCUUUAAUGGAAUGUGUUGUGAACACUUAUAUCUAUAAUCUAUAUUUUUAAAUAUCAUUUCAAAUUGUAGAACUUUAUCAAAUGUUGAUCACAUUGAAUGUUUGCAGUAAGCCUCCAAGGAACUGUAAGCUUCCAAGGGAAAUUGACUGUAUAGAACUGAUGCGUCAACUACUUAAGCUGGCAAAGAAAGUUCCUAUUAGGACUCACAUUUGUAAAAUCUCCUGCAGCUUUCUUUUUGAGGCUGCAGGAGGUUGGCGCACUUCAUUGUAAAAGUGCCAUUAUUGACCCAGAGUGUUCCCGAUUUGAUGCCUGGGCCCCCUCAGGGACUGUUGCUGAGCUAUAAUCAUUCCAUAUUAUUGGUUUGGCUUUCCUGCUCUGCACCUGGAAGGGCUUUUUCUUGGUGGAGAAUGCUCGGUGAUUGUGUGGAACAAUUCUGACUUAGUUCUGCACGGAGUGAUGAUUCCACUGCCAAAUUUAGCUGAUGACCAAGACUUGUACUGGGAGAGGUAGGGAAAGAAAUGAUCACCUGAUGCCAGGAAAAACAAUCACGGUUUCAUCAGAUUUGAAGGAGUGCCUUGGCGUUAUGCCGCAACUUGGUUAAUUUUGAAGUACUCGUGUUUAGAAUUUUUUAUUUUUCAAUAUAAAAUGUGAAGUGUAUAGUGAGUGGCGGCAUGUGUCGGCAGGAGUCUUAAUUAUGUAUCAAUGGCUCAGUUUGUCACUAUGAUGAAUUUGCUGUUCCCUCUUCAAGCCCAGCUUGGACCUAUCUUCUGGCCAGACUCUCUCAGUGGGCAUGGUUGUUGUGUGCUGUUUGAAAACUGUGCCAUGAGUGGUGACCUGAAUAGAUGUAUGUGGAUUUUUAAAAAAAAACUGAAAUCUGCAUUGUUGCAGUGUGCAAUACACAUGGGACUUUGCACAAAAAAUGUACUUUAUUUGUUACAGCAGCAAAGCUGCAUUGCUUUAAGCACAAAAUAUACUGUUGCCACCUCCUUGUGUAACUUAUAUGUAAUUAAAAGGCAACAGACAAUGUUUAUUAAAGUGUAAAUUGCAUUUUAAAGUUGGAUAA